CGGCCAUGUCGUGCAAGGGCCGGGACAACCUGGUGCCCCAGUUCACCUUUCACCUGAACCACAAGGUGCUUGCUCGCAGGGUGACCGUGGGCAAGUACGAUGGAUUGCACCCUUGCAUCACGGCAGCCACAGCCUCGGACAAGGUACUGGUGCACAACAACAAUCAGCAGCAGCGCAGCGGCGACCGCUGGGAAGGCGGCGGGGACGUGUCCCUGCUGAACGUCAACCAGACGGUGAGCUGCCUGACGGCAGACUGUCUCAAGCCCGGCGCCAAGGAGGACGUGCUGCUGGUGGGCACGCCCACUUCGCUGCUCGCCUACGACGUCGAGAACAACUGCGACCUCUUCUUCAGGGAAGUCGCCGAUGGCGCCAACAGCGUGGCCACGGGAUACCUUGGCACCCUGCGCAACCCUGUGGUGCUGGUGGGCGGCAACUGCUCCAUCCAGGGCUUCGACCACGAGGGAGAGGACGUCUUCUGGACGGUGACUGGCGACAACGUGCGGGCGCUCGCCUUGUACGACUUCAACAAGGACGGCCUGAACGAGCUGCUCGUCGGCUCGGAGGACUUCGACAUCCGCGUGUUCCGCGGCGACGUCAUCGUGGCCGAGAUAAGCGAGAGCGAGGCCGUCACGGCGCUCUGCCCACUGACGCAGGAAUGUUUCGCCUACGCACUCGCCAAUGGCACUAUCGGCGUCUACCGCGCCACCGAGCGCCUCUGGAGGAUCAAGUCCAAGAGUCAGGCAGUGUGCCUUCACGGCUACGACAUCGACGGCGACGGGCGGCCAGAGCUCAUCACAGGCUGGAGCAAUGGCAAGGUGGACGCGCGCAACCUGUCCACGGGCGAGGUGGUGUUCCGCGACAGCCUGGCCCACGGCGUGGCGGGCAUCGUGCAGGCCGACUACUGCCUGGAUGGACGCGAGCAGCUGAUCGUGGUCUCGGUGUCCGGCGAGGUCCGUGGCUACCUGCCCGCCUCGGCCGAGCUGCGACAGCAGAUGGCCGACGCCACCUUCGAGCAGGACACCGUGCGCGAGCUCAGCCACAAGAAGCAGACGCUGAUGCUGGAGCUGCGCAACUACGAGGCCCAGGCAGAGGCCGGCGACCAGCAGUACGGAUCCAUUCCGGCCAACACGCAACUGAAGACGCUCCUGGCCAUCAACUCCGGCUCCGACGGCAUCCCGCCUCACGUCGAGGUGGCCCUGGAGACCAACAACGAGACCAUUAUCCGGGCGGUGAUCCUCUUCGCUGAAGGCAUCUUCGACGGAGAGAGCCUCGUCUUCCAUCCGAAGGACGAGCAGGUGCAGUCCGAGGUGUGCCUGCCACUGUGGCCGCCUAAGGACCUGGCCGUCGACCUGCACUUCAAGGUUCUCGUGGGACACCGCGACAGCGAUCACUUCCACGUGUUCGAGCUGUCGCGGCAGCUGCCCCGCUUCGCCGCCUACCUGCUGCUGACAGAGGAACCACGUGGCACGCCAUCGGGAAGCGUCCGCUUCCGCAUCAACGAAAGGCCACACAGGGUGGCCUCGUGGGUGAACCAGAACUUCCUUCUGGCCGAGGAGCUGCAGUGCCAGGCCUCCUUCAGGGUGAGCUUCCUGGCGUUGCGAUGCCUCAAGCCGAUCACCAUCGACGUGCAGACCAGCGGGGAGGUAAGCAUCGAGACGGGCCUGAUGGACGUGGCCGCUGACAUGGUGCAGUCUCUGGCCGCCUACCUGGAGAUCGAGGACCUCGAGUCAAGGGCGCACUUCCCCGACGAGUACGACCGCCUCCGAUCGCUCGUCGACAAGGUUCGGGAGCACGAGUCUGCGCGGCUGACCAUCUCGGCCAACAUGGCAGACACAGCCAGCAUCGUGCGCGGCCUGCUGCUGCGCGCCGAGGACUGCCGCCUGCUGAGGGACUAUGAGGGGAUGCGCCGCUGGUACCAGGAGCUGCAGACGCUGAACCGCGAGCUGUUCAGCGACCACCGAGUGCGAUGCCAGAGUCACGAGGAGCUGUCACGUUGCGUGCGCAUGCUCAACCGAGGCAUCGAGAGGGCUUCCGCCCUGAGGGCGGGACGACACAAGGCCGCCACCGUGGCCGCCUGUCGCCAAGCCCUGGCGCCACCCGCCGACGGGGACGCCCUGCUGCAAGCGCUCAGCCGAGGAGCGAUUGCGUGAAUCCACGUUUCGUCAAUGGUGCACCUUCUCGCACGCAGCCAAGAUUGCUGCAUGGAAACUUUACGUCUUACGAGCCCAACAAAUGCCAUAUUUUACGGCCAAGCUGUUCAUGGCAAGGGCUCCGUGUCUCUUUUGAUGUACAUCGACAAAACACACUUGGAUUACACGCGCGGCUAUGUCCUCCGGCUCGCCGACCCCCCCGAAAUUUUUCAGUUUUGCUUGUAUAUAUACACACGCACACAUACAAACACACGCACGAACAUACGUAAAGUAUGGUUGAACCCCCCCGAAAAAGUUCUGGCUACGCCCCUGUGGAGCACACACAAGAAACUGAUUCCAUUUGCGUUCUGCAGGUGCUAUGGUAGAGCCAUGAAUAGUUAGGACUCCCGAAGAGGCUACGAGGACAUCUCCAGACCGGUUUACGCAAUUUGUGUCGGAGUGUUUUGGUUUCAUGUGCCACACAAAUUGCGCGGACACUACCACUCACCACCAGUCGUGCACUCUGGCUGAGAACGUGUCGAAGGUUGUACCCGAGCCAACCAGCAUGAACCAUAUAUAGCGACCACAAGGCCACCACCAAA